AAAGGUCACUAUCAAUAAUUGAUAUCCUAAUUAUGAUGAUUGAAUGCAAAUUUUUAAUUUGAUGAAAUUAUGAAUUUACGACUAGACAGACGUGGACGUAAACUAAUACUGUACAUUUAAUAAUCUUUUAUUGUCCUGUCGGGAUGAAUAUAUAAAGAACUGUAUUCCUGUUGGUCAAAGUAAUUCUCAACUUAAUAAAUAAUUUAUAAUAAAUACUUUGAAUGUAAAUAAGGUGCCAAAGUGCAUUAAAAGCAUAACAAAAACAAUAGCCUAAUACUUUUAAUUGUUGUGGAAGUAAGAAAUGAUAAUCCUAGAAAUGAAUCAUUAGUUAUAGAGCUUUUAAUAUUGAUUUGAUUGGAUAAAUAUGAAAACGUGUUUAACACCUAAGUUAAGUAUUCCUGCUAUAAAUGAAUUAUUACAAUUAAAUGUAAAUGAAUACAAGCACUAUUAAAAAAUCCGUAGUCAUUUUAAAUAUUUUAUUAUUAUAAGUGCUUUUUUUAGUUCACGUUUAAAAUGUGCUUUACCAACGUAAAUUUCAUGUGAAUUAUUAUUUCGUUCGUGUUUACCGCGUGCUCGAGCAAAAAAUAGGUGUCGGUUACGUGCGCGCUCCCGCCACCGUACGCAGUGACGCGUGUCAGCCGCCGCCUGUUGGUCUUUUUUUUCGCCAGUUGGUGACGAGCGUUAUGAAAAAUGGCCUCGACUCUUCCCGUAGCCGCGACUAACCGGAGAAGAUGACGGCGUCGAGACCCCCGAGUCAGUUGAACACGUAGAUAACGGGAUAAGUUAGCCGAAGGAACGAAGACUUGUCGGCAAAAGAAACGACUGGAAACUAAAACAACCCCCAAAAAACACCCAACCGCCGGGUAUUUCUUUCUUCUUCUUCGUCUUCUUCUUCGUUUUCUUCGUCUCCCCCGCAGCGCUGGCUGGCUCCGGGGAGCCGCCAUGGAGGACAUCAACUCGAACAUCAACGCGGACCUGGAGGUGCGGAAGCUCCAGGACCUGGUGAAGAAGCUCGAGCAGCAGAACGAGCAGCUCCGGAGCCGGUCCACGACGCGGUCCUCGUCCGGGACCCAGCAGCACCAGCACCAGCACCACCAGCAGCCCCACCACAGACCCCUCAGCGACGGCGGCUACGACCCGUCGCUCACCGCGGGGACGGCAGCCGGGCUGGCCGGCGGCUUCCCCGGCGGGGUGGGGUUCGGCGGCGGGCUGGAGAACCGGAGCCCCCGGCGCUCCUACGACGGCGUCAGCUUCAGGAGGGCGUACGAGUUCGAGGGGGCGACGGCCGCCGCGGACGGCGGGGAGACGUCCAUCCUGGACGAAGUGGACAUCUUGGAUCUCGAGGACAUGGAUUGUCUGAACGAGGACGAGGACAGCUGGCUGUACGAGGCCCGGCCCGACAGCCCCCAGCAGAACGCCCUGAGCCCCAUCGUGUGGUGCCGCCAGGCGCUGGACAACCCCAGCCCGGAGAUGGAGUCGGCCAAGCGCUCCCUCAUCCACCGGCUGGACCUCACCAUGUCAGCCAACAAGCGCAGGAGCCUGUAUGGGACCCCCUACAGCCAGCAGGGCUAUGGGACCCCCUACAGCCAGCAGGGGACCCCCUACAGCCAGCAGGGGAGCCCCUACAGCCAGCAGGGCUAUGGGAGCCCCUACAGCAGCCCCUACAGCAGCGGCUUCAACUCCCCCUCCUCCACCCUCAGCAGAGGGCCCGUCGUCCGGCAGCAGCUCUCCUCCGGGAACGCAGCUCACCAGAGGAACGCGGCGGCGGCGGCGGAGAGGAGCGCAGCGUUGGAGAGGAGCGCCCCUCCCCCGGCCGUGAGCCCCCAGUCGUCCGUGGACAGCGAGCUGAGCACCUCCGAGAUGGACGAGGACUCGGUCGGCUCCUCCAACACCUACAAGCUCAACGACGUCACGGACGUCCAGAUCCUGGCCCGCAUGCAGGAGGAGAGUCUGAGGCAGGACUACGCGGCCUCGGCGUCGCGCCGCAGCUCGGGCUCGUCGGUCCAGUCUCUCCGCCGCGGCGCCUUCAGCGACCAGGAGCUGGACCUGCAGAGCCUGGAGGACGAGGAGGAGGCGGCGCACCCGGCCUUCCACCUGCCCUCCAGCCGCUUUAGCCCCUCCCCCCGCGGCUCGCCGCGCGCCUCGCCCAGGAACUCGCCGCGCUCGCGCUCCCCGGCGCGCUCCGCGGACCACGGCCGCGGCUCGCCACAGCCAGCCGGCAGCCGGCUGCAGCAGCCGCGCCACUCGCUGCAGGGCCACGCCCACGACUCGCAGGCCAACGCCCUGAAGAACGAAGAGAAGCUGCGGCGCAGUCUUCCCAACCUCACGCGCGCCUCGGCGGCGCCGGCGGUCCAGAACCCGGAGCCUGUGAAGAACAGCCGCAGCUACGAGUCCAACCUGCAGGUCCCCAACGGAGGGUCUCCACGGCAACAGAACCAGUCGGCCACAGCAGCUCCGCCCCCGAGAGCCUCCGCCCCCUCUCGCUCCUCCCCGAAACCCAAACAGCACCUCCAGAGCCCGGCCGCCCUGCGAGGUAACCGAGUCCCCCUCUCCUGUUGCUUUGGAGAAGAAGGAGAUUUCAUCCCGUCUCCCAGUAAGCUGAGGACCCCGGUGACCCCGUCCCCGCUGGCCCUGAGGCAGCCGGUGAAGGCCACGUCUAACCCCGGCUCGGCCCCCUCCACGCCCACCCGCUCCCUGGCCCCCCCGCGCAGUGGUCUGCCCCGCCCCAGUGCUGCUGCUGGGGGGGGGGGGAUCCCCCUGCCCCGCAGCAAGCUGGCGCAGCCCGUACGCAGAAGUCUUCCUGCUCCUCAGUCCUACAGCGGCGGUGCAGGAGAGAACUGGAGAGAAGGUUGCUACUGAGUGUGUCCAGCAGGGGGCGCUGCAGACCGAGCACCAACCAGGAGGCUUCACACUGCGACGGCACUUUAUCUACCGGGAAACCUUUUACAGAGAGAGAGACUAUGUCCCACACACAUAUAUAUAUAUAAAGAGAGAAUCUGCAUCUUUUUUAAUAAAGUAGAGGAGUGUCCGCAUGGCGUCAAAGAGGAAGACCUCCCACCGGUCCCUCCGGCCAAGAAGAAAAUGCCAAAGAAACCAGCGCCGCCGCCAGAGGACACGCCUCUGGCCUCGGCUCCACGCAUCUUCAUCGUCCUGCUCCUCCUCCUCCUCAGGUCGGGAUGCCUGCAGGUGCUUCUGUCUCUAUGCUACAGGUGUGAUCUCUAUGAUGAUGAUGAUGGUGGUGACGAAGGUGAAUUUGUCCCCGUAGAUGUUGGCGAGUCGGUCGUUUUAAAGAAAUCUUUCCUCUUGGUUCCAAUCAGCCAGAAUGUAUGCACAAUGUGUGUUUUUGUUUGUUUUGGGAAAGAUUAUUUAUUCAAAUUAUUUAAAUAAAAAAUAAAAAGAAUAUUAGUGUCUAAACAUCCAUAUCAGUAUUUUAAUUUUGAAGUUUUCAAUCAACAAAACAAAAAAACUCAGUUUUGAACGCUGACUCCAAAGCCUCUUCCUAUUGGUCGGUUUUAAACCAUCACAUUUAAUCCCACAUAUCUCAGAUUAAACUCAGAUUUCAUGUUUUAUGAACAACGUGGAGCUGAAGCUGAACCAGUGCCUCCAGUUUAACGUUUACUGGUUUGUUUUAUCAUUUUGUGCCAAUUUUCAGUUUUAUUUCUUGUUGCCAAUAUAAUUUCUGCUUUUGAUUUUUAACUGAAUCAAUGCAUUUAUUAUUAUUAUUAUUGCUUUGAAAAAAGGAAAAUGUUUAAACUGCGCCUUCAUAUUUAUGUCUAAAUAUUCAUCGUGUGAAUGAAGCUAUUUAUUGAUCGGUGCCUCGGACACGAACGUCUGCGCUAAGAAAGACAAACACACUUUUCGUGUGAGGUUUUUGUUAUGGAAUUUUUUUUUAAUAUCCACGACCAUGACGUAGAUUUCUCCUGAUUGUAACGUCACGUUUCAAAUAAAAGACGAGAAAUGAU